CUCGAGGUGGUCGCACAGUUCUUGGGUGAGCGCGGUUGGUGGUGUGCAGUAAGUGGAAAUUUGCAGAUUUCUGCGAAUUAAUUUUACCUCCGAAAAACAUUACAUAACGUGUAGAGUUAACGUUUGAAAGUGCGCAUAAUCGUGAGUUUGUGAAACGUGAUAAAAUACCAGAUCGAAAUGGACAUCGCCGUGAAGCAAGAAGUAAAUGGUUCUCCACUACCACAGCGUCAGCAGCCGCAACAUGGCGGCGGUGGCGGAGUUGGACCCCAGGGCCCCAUGCAAGGCCACCAAGGCCCCGUAGGUGAUGGGCCCGGUGGUAAUAAGAAUAAUAUGAACCGGAACAACCGUAAUAAUAGUAAAAAUCGUCAAAACAUGGGCCCCAAUCGUGGCAAUCGUGGUGGGCCUGGCGGUGGCAUGGGUAAUAAUGGCGGAGGUGGUCCCGGGGGUAAUGGUGGGCCGGGCCUCAAUCGUCAGGGCAAUCAUCCCGGAAACCAGCAGAAUCAAGGCGGAGAAGAUGGUGGUCCGCAACAAAACCAGCAUCAGAAUCGUGGCAUGAACCGUGGAAACCGCGGACAUGAUAUGGAUAAUAGCUUUGGUGAACGGCGCCGUGGAGGAGGUGGCGAAGCUUUUUUCAUCAACGACAAACUUCGCAUGCUUGCUGGUCCGCUGCUGGAUAUUCCACCGAUCGAGGUGCAGGAGGCUAAAUUCUCCGGCCGCAACCGACUGUACGUGGGAAACCUUACGAACGAUGUGACUGAAGAGGAAUUGGUGGAAAUGUUCAAGCCGUUCGGUGAAAUUCAUGAGGUGUUCAUGAACAAGGAGAAAAAUUACGCCUUUGUGCGCGUAGACUUUUUCUCGAACGCUGAAAAUGCCAAACGAGAGCUUGAUGGUACCAUGCGCAAGAAUCGGGUGCUGCGGGUGCGUUUCGCUCCCAACGCUACUGCCAUCCGGGUGAAGAACCUAACGCCGUACGUCACGAAUGAGUUGCUGUACAAAGCGUUCGAAGUGUUCGGCCCGCUGGAGCGUGCUGUGGUGCAGGUGGAUGAGCGCGGAAAACCGACCGGCGAGGGAAUCGUAGAGUUCAAGAAUAAACCGGGAGCCAUGGCGGCGAUUCGGUAUUGCACGGACAAGUGCUACUUCCUCACAUCGUCGCUGCGUCCGGUCAUCGUCGAGCCGUACACAUACCAGGACGACAACGAUGGUCUGCCAGAGAAGUCGCUGAACAAGAAGCAGAACGAAUUUGUUAAGGCACGCCAGCAGGGUCCCCGGUUUGCCGAACAUGGCUCGUUCGAGUUUGAGUACGGUCAGCGCUGGAAGCAAAUGCAUGAGCUGUUCAAGCAGAAGGCCGAGGCUCUGAAGCGCGAGAUGAUCAUGGAAGAGGAGAAGCUGGAAGCUCAGAUGGAAUACGCCAAGUAUGAGCAGGAAACCGAACUGCUUCGUGAACAGCUGCGCCAGCGUGAAAUGGAUCGUGAUCGAAAGAAGGCGGAGUGGGAGAUGCAAGAGCGACAGGUGGCGGAGGCGCGCCAACGCAAUGAUCUACAAUUGAAGACAGACAUCGAGGAAAUGAAUAGCCGUAUCAAGCGCACCGACGAGGAGCUGCACCGCAGACAGAAGGAAAAUACCAUGUUCAUGCAGCAGAACCAACAGAUGACUAUUAUGGAACAACAACAAAUGAACGAUAUGGGUGGAAUGGGUGGCGGUAGCGGUGGGGGCGGCGGUGGUGGAAAUGGUAAUGAUAAUCGGCGUAACUUCGACAUGAUGAAUCAAAGUGGCGGUAACGGCAACUUCGGCAAUAUGUUUCAAGAGGAAUACUUGUCCGAAAUCCUCCGGUUUCUCGGCACUAAUUUGGACAAUCAAUCGAACACCGCCAACAACAAGAAGCAAUACAACAAAAACAAUAAAAAACCGCAAUCUCAGGGUAAAAAUCGUCAGCACUUUUGAGAAUGUUUUAACAUAAAUUCUAACGGCCUGGGAGUAAUGAGUAACAAAUAUCGGCUGUAUCAGCUGUUGUGGAAUUAUUUGCUUCGAGUCGGAAACAACCUCAAAUAAGUGAACUCAUUACGAAAUAGAUGCGCGUUUUUGGCUUCCAUCUUUAUCGGAAUUGAUUAUUACGAUGCACAAGUAAAUGACGGCGCAUCGGCCGUGCAGCUACGUCGGAUAGAAAACGGCCCUAUGAGAAGUGCUGGGCCCCUCGAUGGUGUGGGUUUGAAUUGAACCUCCCCUCCAUCCCUAUGCGAAAGGAUUGAUUCAACACAUACGCAAAUGUGGAAAAAGACUGGUAUGUCCUGAAUGGACAGCCAUGACCGAAGGAGGUCCUCACGCCAAAAGAAGAAAAAUGUACGAAGCUUUCGAAUGGCAAACGUGAGCUUUGUAGAAUGCCGCUCUCGCGAUUGCUGAAGGAACUUACCUCUAUUAGGGACUGAUGCAGCGGCCAGUCGGGUCACAAAGGACUGCAGAAAACAUGGCUCAGGGAAAGUUGCUGCAACUAAUGAAUGUUGCAACGGGUGCUAUCCAGUUUCUUUACAUCGUUCUGAAAACACUUCGGUUAGUUCUGAAACUUCUUGACACAAUCAUGAGAGCUGCUACAACUGCCAACAGGUGCAAUCCAGAUCCUCUCAACUUUGUUCGAAAGGGACGCCGCGGGAUAACAUUGCCUGCCGCCUGAUUUAGAGAAUGGUGGUGAAACUGAUGGAAAGGCAACAGCUUCAAUCCAGAUCCUCUCAACUUUGUUCGAAAGGAGGAAUGCCACAGGAUAACAUUGCCUGGCUUUGGCUGGCUUAGGUGCUGAAACUGAUGAAAAUGCCAAACAGCAGAAGCGGCUUACAAGGAAGUGUACUUGCAGUUGAUUUAAAAGCAAAUUUAACAGCUAGCAGGUUCGGCGUGGGUUCGAAUCUCAACCGAGACCGGACGAGAGGACUGACCCUGUACGAGAGGACUGACUAUCCACGUACAACAGGGAAACAAGUCUCGUAAGCCCUUAACGGGCAGGCAUGACCAAGAGGUCGUUACGCAAAGAAGAAGAAGAACAGCUAGCAACAUGUUUGUAAAUGAAGCGGUCUAUAAAUGGUGUAUCUGGAGCGGAAAAUCAGCAAAAAGGAAAGUCGAUGAUCUUAAUUAUCAUAAUCAAAUUAAAGCGGGCAGAUUCCUUUUGCGAUAACGAAAAGAUGCGCAUACCUCAGCACCACCGACCUCAAAUGCCAUUUCGUCACGUACUGCCAUUUAGUUAUCCGCUUUGAAAUGUUAAUUGUGGCAAUCAAGACUCAAGAUGCAUUUAGUUAUCCGGUUUGAAAUGUUAAUUGUGGCAAUCAAGACUCAAGAUGCAUUUAGUUAUCCGGUUUGAAAUGUUAAUUGUGGCGAUCAGGACUCAAGAUGCAUUUAGUUAUCCGGUUUGAAAUGUUAAUUGUGGCGAUCAAGACUCAAGAUGCAUUUAGUUAUCCGGUUUGAAAUGUUAAUUGUGGCGAUCAGGACUCAAGAUGCAUUUAGUUAUCCGGUUUGAAAUGUUAAUUGUGGUGAUCAAGACUCGUUAGCUGGAUUUACGCAACCGUCACAGUCAUCAGUUUCCUGAACUAGAUAUAGGAGCUUACAAAGACAUGCGAUUUUCGUACAGUUUGGAUGCUUCGAUAGGCAAAUUACAGAGAUUCUUUUUGUGAUCCAUCUGCCUUGGAACUAUUAUAUGAAAAACUACAGGCGUACCCGAUGAUAGGUUUUCUCCAGUAGAAACGUUUGAAAUCACGUGCGUUGGUAGUUUACAAAGCAAAACUUACUUGUGCAGCUAGAAAAGGCUCGUAUUUCGGAUUUUUAUGUUAAUGGAACAACUUAUGCACUCUGUUGAUAAUGGUCGGUAUCGCUAACAAUAUCGUGCUGUUUAAACAAUCGCUCAUUUUUUUUUUAAGAAUUUCAGUGCAUUUAUGAACGAACUUUUUAACGAUGUUUGUUUAGAUUAAGCGAUGUUGUUUGCGAUACCUCCGGGCAUUGUUUACACAAAAUCGAUAAGGAGGUUCCAGUAAACAUUGCAGCUAACUUUAGCAAAACAUGGUACCACGAUAAUGGCAAGCUAUUAUACAUUUUUUAAACCAUCUCGACAGUUUAAAAUGAAACUGAGUUUCGUAAUCCAUGAGACAACUUCUGUCUGUUUUUUUAUCGGCAUCGUAAGCGAUAUCGUUACAAAUAAUCAAUUGUCAACACCAGUGCAUUUAUGAACGAACAAUUAAUAAGAAUUUAUGAUUGUAUUUAGUUUGUGCGAGUUCUUCGUAUACUAUGCCGACAGUUAGUUAAAACAAGUAAAUCUAAUGACGAUUCUCAAUGUGUCAAGCCUUUCAUCAUUCCCGUCAUUCAUGAGAGAAAUUUAGUAACACUAUAUAUUGUAAAAAAGUAGAAUUGAAACGCCUUAUUCACGUGUAUAAUAUUUCAAAUUUAUGCUGAGGGAUCCGUUAGCGCGUACGCCUGUCGAUUCACUUCUUGGUGAAGGAAAGAAAUUUCGGUUAUGCUAGUCAUCGAUCUGGUUCAACUGCUGUGAUGUGAUAAUCCCAUUUGCAGUCGAUUUGGGUGCUUGGAUUGUGUGUUUUAUGAAUGUCGGAAUAUACAUCUACUGUUGUAAUCUAAAUAAAACACAUGAUUAUGUUAAAUUCAA